AUGAAUAAAUUAUUAAAUAUUUAUUUUAAUUCAAUUAGACCUGGAUCAUAUUUAUUUCCAAGUAUUUCAAUUGUAUUUUUAACACCAGCAUUAUAUGUUCAAGAUCAGCUUAAUUUCGGAUUAACAUUUUAUUCAAUUUUUACAUUUUAUGUUUUAUAUUAUCUUGGAUCACAAUGGAAUACAUAUUUAGAUUAUAUUACUGGUGUUGAUAAUAGUAAAUCUGAUGAUAAAACAUUAUUUGGUGUUAUGUCAUUAGGUGAAUUAAAAAUUGCAAUGGCUCUAUCAGUAAUUAUCAAUUAUAUUUCAAUUGGAGUAUUAUAUUUUUAUUUAAAAUUUAUAGAAUUGCAAUCUGAAAGAUUCGGAACAAUAGUUUUAAUAAAUACUUUAUUAAUAAUUGUAAAUUUAUUGUACACCCCAUUAAAGUAUAUUGUAAUUGGUCAAUUUUCAAUAAGAUUAACAUCAUAUGUCUUCACCUUAUUAAUAACAUAUAUAAACAGUGGCGUAUUCUCAUUCUUUGAUAGUAAUGAUCCAAUACCUUGUUAUUCCUUAUUAUUCCAUUUCUCAUAUCAUCAUUGGCAUUUGCAAAUUGUCUUAGAGAUUUAA